CCCUUCCUCAGCUCCCUCCCUUUGUCCCUCUCUUUAUCCUCUGUGUACGGCCGAGGAGGAGCAGGCAUGCUCGCCCGGGCCACGGCGUCUCCGAGGCAGCGUGAAACUUGACUCCCGCACCCUGAGGUGGCAGUGUUCCCAGUGUCCGCGUGCGCUCUCCGUGGUCCUGAAAGUGGAAAGUAGCCGUGCCGAUCAACUAGUGAGGAGGCGUGCGGCGCUUUGAGCACACUUCGCCGGUGUCUCGCGGGCUGAGUGGUCGCCAGGAGUCGUGCGAAGAAUCAUGCCGUGGAUGAAGUGGAGGAUGACGCUGGACUCCCUGUGUGGACGGACGAGGAGGCUGCACUGCUUCUUCUGGAUCAUCCUGCUGUUCGCUGCCGGAAGUCUGUUUCUCUUCAUCCAAAAGCUCGACCAGUCGGAAAUGGUGCCCCGACAAGGAGCUGAUAUGAAGCUCGGUGAGACUGUGCAGCAGGCCAGGGAGGACAAAGAGCACGGAAAAUCUAAAGGUUAUCAGGAGCACCAUGUGCCCGACGUCAUCGUACCAAGUCCAAUCUCCCCCAUGCAGUUCCCGAAGUUCUGGAAGAGUCAACAGCUGGUCUCAGGUGGAUCCCAGGAACAGGACUUGGGCUCCCAGCGCGUCUCCAAGAGGCACCGCAAGCUCCUGAAAACAAGUCCUCCCAACCAGCACACCAACAACUCUUCCUUUUCUUCAUUGUCAGGAUUGUUUCCCCUCCAUCGCUGGAGGAAGUUCUCCAGCAUCAUGGAGCAACGUCGGCAGCUCACCAAGAACAUGUGCGCCAAGUAUAAGAGCAACAUCUCCAAGACCAUCACGUGGCACCACAUGAACAGCUUCUACGUUGAGGACAAGCACAAGCUCCUCUACUGCGAGGUGCCCAAGGCAGGCUGCUCCAACUGGAAGCGGACCCUGAUGGUGCUGGCAGGCAACGCGUGGGACCCCCGGAACAUCAGCCACGACACCGUCCACUACCACAACCACUUGAAGACCCUGAACAGCUUCGACCAGCAGGGCAUCAUGCAGCGUCUGGGCAGCUACACCAAAGUCAUGUUCGUGCGAGAGCCUCUGGAGAGGGCAGUGUCGGCCUACAGGGACAAGUUUGAGAACCCCAACAAAUACUACCACAAUUUAUUUGGAAAGCCCAUCAUCUCCAAGUACAGGCCCAACGCCUCCAGGUCGGCCUUGGAGUCGGGCAACGGCGUCACCUUCCAGGAGUUCGUCCAUUACCUGCUCGACGUGCACCGGCCCGUGGGCAUGGACAUUCACUGGGAGGCGGCCAACCAGCUGUGCAACCCGUGCCACAUAGACUACGACUUCAUCGGCAAGUUCGAGAACAUGGCGGAGGAGUCCAACCUGCUGCUGCGCUUGGUCAGGGCACCACACAACCUCACGCUCCCCAACUUCAAGGACCGGAAUUCGGCUGACAAGAAGACGACGUUGCAGAUCACGCAGAAGUACUUUGCGCAGCUGGGCAAAUUGGAGCGGCAGCGGAUGUACGACUUCUACUACAUGGACUAUCUCAUGUUUAACUACUCCAAACCUUUUCAAGAUCUGUACUGACGGACUCCCGUCGACACUUACUGCUGCCAUUUCUGCAGGUAUUCCACAUUACAGUCAUCAAAUUAAUGGAGUUUUGUUUGUUUGUUUUUACAAUCUUUGUACCGGAUUACAAGAUGCAAAAAUGUGCAUAAUGCUGCAUUAGGUUUGUGGCUACCAUUUGACAAUAAGCAUACCCAUCUAAAGGGUUUAUAAAUGAUUUAAUUAGAUUGCUUAUGACCAAGUUUGUUCAUGCUUUCUACAGCCAAAGUUGCUAUAAAUAAUCAUAAGUGUGGCAAGUAGACGAGUAUAAAUUAUAUCUUAAUUUUGUUUUACUAAUGAGUUGACAAAUGUAACAAUUCGAAUACCGUUAGAUGUGUUGCAAAAACCUCCAACAGUGAAUAGACUGCGUUCUGGGCAGCUAUUCAAAAGCUGUUUUCUUCUUUAUGUCAAUUCAAGUUUAUUUGUAUAGCCCUUCAUCAUAAAAAUCAGCAACAUCCCUUGACCCCCCCCCCCCCACUUCCGCCUCAACCAAUGUCAAAGUUGUGCAUCCGUCACUCAUGUACAGCUGACAUCAAAGAGAAAACCGCUUUACAAUAGCUGUCCACCGAAGUCACUAAUGCGCAACUUUGACAUCGAGACUCAUGCAUAUAGAAGAAAACAGUUUUGGAAUCGCUGCCCACUCUAGUCACUAAUUUGAAACUUUAGCUGUCCACUGUAGUAACUAACAUCGAGACUCAUACAUGUAUCAGAAAACAACAUUGGAAUAGCUGCCCACUGUGGUCCCAUGCAACUUUGACAUCAAUACGAGUCACGCUCUGUAGUAAGUAGAUUAUAACUGGAUUUUACAAAUAUACAAAUGAAACUAAAACCAUUCAUAUGCCUUUUAAAUGGGUAAUCCCUUAUUGUAAAAUGGUGCCUGUUUGUGACGUUGUUAAAAGUACUAUCAACUGUCCUUAAAUGCAAUAUAUAUAUAUAUAUAUAUAUAUAUAUAUAUAUAUAUAUAUAUAUAAUUAUUAUUAUUAUCGACUACCACAGGCCGAGGUAGUUUUGGAAUUAUAAAUGUUUAUGCUUCUUUUAAAGGAAAACAACAAUAAAAACUUGUAUAAUGGCGUUCAACAGGCUUUAAAUGAGGUUUUGCUCUAAGUCGAAUAAUAACAGGAAAUGCUUUUCCACCAGUUGCGUUGGCUACUUGACUUAAAGCACCUCCGGCAUCGGUAUACCUCUAUGUAUCAGUGCGUACGAAUACACAUAUUUGAUGUACAUGGUUUUGCUAUUUAUAAACAGUCACAAAUUGGACUACAUUUGAAUCCCAUUGCCCACUCUCUCAAACAUGUACAGUGCUGCCCACUCUGGAGCCGCGUGCAGUUAUGGUAGCAUUUUUGUACUUUUAUGGUCUUCUAGGUUUGUGCUUUGAAAUACUACUCGUCACUUGGAGGUAUUUACUUGGACAUCCAGGUAUUUACAGGGUACACCGUGUUGCUGCCUGUUUGUGGUACAGACUUUCCAAAGUGUUUUGAUAGCAGCAACGCAAAUAACUUUGUAUUUAAAAAAACCUAAACAGAUUUGGUCCUUUGACAAUCUAAAAAUGUAUAGUGAGCACAUUAAGAGAGCAAAGAUGCGAGAAUUUAGUAGAAUUUUGUGCAAAAGGUUCUCCACUUUAUUCAAAUUUAUAUUUUAAUAAUUGUAUUUAUCUUUAAAUCUGCUAUUUCAACUGAAUC